CGGUCCUGCUUUCUCUGCUGCUACCCGUUAUCCCUUAACAUGGAUUAGUACCACCAACAAGGGUGAGCCACCGCGUACUCGGAUGGUCAUCCGCAAAUGACAUAGUUGCAAUAUGUGCCAAGUUGCUUUGGGCCUCUUGAAAUACCUCAAGAUCUGUCUUCAAGACAUUGACCCCAGCACCUCAAAUGACUUGUAGCGCUGUCCCUUUUUUGCAACAGGUAGAGGAAGAGGCGCGUCGACAUGGUGCGAUCUUGAGAUGAAAGUUUGAAAAAGGAAACUCUUCCAGCCACUGUGCACGUCUAGUCGGUGGCUAGAUUUGGACUCUUACUGCUAGGACAUCUUUGUUGCUUUGGGCUUUUUGCCAGCUUGGUUGGUGCUUGUUGUCUGGUGUUUAGGGUGACAGGAACCUUUGACAGGAACCCAGUCAGGUGCUCUUUUUUCAAUGGGCAGGUGGUCGGUUGUUGAAUGGUGGAGUCCUUUGAGACAUGUUGCGUCCAGGCAAGGACUAGUCUAGUUGCAUUCAUGUUGCAUCUCUUGGACUGUUUCAUGAGCAAGGCCAGCAAAAUGGUCAACAACCCCACUGACAAUGGCUGCGAAGUAUGUGUGAGCGUGCCUGUGUGUCCGACUGGGCCAGGUGGAGAACAGCCGAGUUGCAGCGCGGAGACAGAUCUUCCGCUUCCAGAGCUCCUUGCUGAGUGUGGCCGAGUUCGUCGGGGGCCACAGCACCACGUCGGUGCCACCGGUCAGUGCCUUGGCGUGUCUCUACGACCCGCCCUUUGCGUCCUCCGCCUGGGAGCUGAUCAAAGUGGACCUGAGCCCCGUCACUGGUCGCAGGACGACGAGUCUCUCGCUGUGAGGGUGAACUUGCAAGAUGGCCUCCUCGAGCUGGUGCAGGCCUUAGCCAAGGACUUCGGGGAAGAGUUCGCCAUCGGCGCGCAGACCGAGACUGAGACGACCGAGCAGUUGCGGCCGCUCAGCGAGGAGUUCAAGUGCAUCUCUUUGGGCGAGCUCUACUUGCCACCUACGCCUAUUUGUGCUGAUUUGCGGCUUUCUGCGCCAGGAGCCCCAGUCGAUCUGGCACAACACAGCGACAGACCGAGAGCAAAAUAGUUCUGGCAGACACUUGCUCGUAGGGAGCAAGAACAGUCUGGUUUAACGAUCAAGACGAACACCUGAAAGGAGUAAGAGUUCAUGUUCAUUUUUGCACGGUGAAUCUCCGGCAGAUCAACCGCUGCCAUUUUUCAGGCAAUGCACCACCAAUCUGGCUGGCACUGGCAUCGCCACGGCAUCACCUGGAUGCUUCCGAUCGGUUUCUCUAACACAGGGCGGGGCAUGAAAAGUGGUUCUCCGGCAUGGUCCAUGGUGUAACUGAUUUGUGCCCUUGAAUAAGAGCACUAGCCUUGGCAUGUGCGGUUCAGCCGUUCGAUCCUCCCCGAUGCGUUGCGCCGCGUUCUGCGGCGUUCCGCCGUUCUGCCAGCGGUUCCACAGAGGUCUCCCCUCGAUCUGGCAGACAGGUGGUGUCGGCCCAUGCUUCGGUUCCAAU